ACGUCCACCUCAUUGGGCGCGGCCCGCCUGCGAAAUUCCCUCCCCGUCACUGAGUGACUGCAACGCACCGCACGCACAGGGGCCUGGCCCGACGAAGCGACUGGACAAGCAACCCAUCCGCAUACCCUGAUUGAGUAAUCACUCAGCCUACUGUCGACAUCCAUCUGGGCCCUGUGCCAGCAAGUCUCCGCGCUAGCCGCAGGCCGUGGCUGGUGCUCCAACCCAACCCAACCCGGACGUCAUGGCCCCCGGCCGCUUCGAGGACGAGGAGCUCACCAUCUCUCUCUCGUCAUCCCACGUGCGUCGACAGCUCCAGCAGCCACCCGAACCACAGCAGCACAGCAAACAGCAUGGCGACGAGUCGGCGGCCUCGCCUCGACCCCCUACCGCAGCCAUGAGCACACCCCGCAAGGAGAAAGCAAAGACAGAGCAGCGCAUCGGUGCGUAUAAGGUCGUGCGGACGCUGGGCGAGGGCUCCUUUGGCAAGGUCAAGCUUGCCAUUCACAAUGGCACCGGACAGCAGGUCGCCCUCAAGAUCAUUGCGCGCAAGAAGCUCAUCAGCCGCGACAUGGCUGGCCGGGUAGAGCGCGAGAUUGAGUAUCUGCAGCUGCUGCGGCACCCCCACAUCAUCAAGCUCUACACGGUGAUCAAGACGCCCGCCGAGAUCAUCAUGGUCCUCGAGUACGCGGGCGGGGAGCUGUUUGACUACAUUGUCGCCCACGGCCGCAUGAAGGAGCCCGAGGCACGACGCUUCUUUCAACAGAUGCUGUGUGCCGUCGAGUACUGCCACCGCCACAAGAUUGUGCAUCGCGACCUCAAACCCGAGAACCUGCUGCUGGACGAGAACCAGGACAUCAAAAUUGCCGACUUUGGGCUGAGCAACAUUAUGACGGACGGCAACUUCCUCAAGACCAGCUGCGGCAGCCCAAACUAUGCGGCCCCCGAAGUCAUUGGAGGCAAGCUCUACGCGGGACCCGAGGUUGAUGUGUGGAGCUGCGGCGUCAUCCUGUACGUCCUGCUCGUGGGCCGCCUGCCGUUCGACGACGAGCACAUCCCGAGUCUGUUCGCCAAGAUUGCGAAGGGGACGUAUAGCAUUCCGCAGUGGAUGCCGUCCGGGGCCGCGAACCUCAUCAAGAAAAUGCUGGUCGUCAACCCGGUGCAGCGGGCCACGAUUGAGGAGAUUCGCGACGACCCGUGGUUCCUCACUGACCUGCCCAUCUACCUGCAGAGGCCGGCCGAGGAGUUCUUCAACACCGGGGUGGACCCCAACAAGGCCAUUGCCAAGAGCGACAUUGCGCCCAACGCGCCCGAACGUGUACAGGAGAAGCUCCACGAGGAGAUCACGGACAAGAUCAGCAAGACGAUGGGGUACGGAAAGGUUGAUGUCGAGGAGGCCUUGCGGGCCGAAGAGCCAUCAGCCAUCAAGGACGCCUACAUGAUUGUGCGCGAGAACAAGCUCAUGCAGGUGAACCAGCACCCGGAGAUCUUGCAAGCCGAGAUUGAAGGCGGGAGCCCCAUGAUGAGCCAGUCGUCGCGGUCUGGCAUCUCCGGCAGCGGCAUCGGCUCGAGGCCCUACGUCAGCAAGGUCGGCAUCUUGCCGAGCAGCAUCCCCACAUACCACAAAGACUACAUGGAGAGGAAGAAUGCGGGCGAGGACACAGUCGCGCCACCGGCGGCCGCGGGCAUCGAGGAGCCGCCGUCAAACCGUACAGAUGCCGAGAAGCAGGAGAUGGCGCGCCGUCUCAAGCCCCACUCGCGGAGCCAGCUGCGCAUCGACGAGGCGGCCAAGCGGCCGCAGGGCAUGACGCCCAUCAACCCAACUAAGAAGCCGAAGCCUGUGCGCUGGCAGUUUGGCAUCCGGUCACGUAACGCGCCGUGGGAAGCCCUGCUGACGAUCCACAAGGCGCUGCGGAAGCUGGGCGCGACCUAUAUUCCCGACGAGGAUUAUGACCCCCGACAGGGCAAGGACAGCGAGCCCCCCAGUGGUACAGGUAGCUUCGCGGAUGACUACGCCAGCGCCGGCGAGUCAGGGAAAGGGUCAAGUCUCAGUGUCGAUCCGGCCAAGAGGUACAAGCUACCGGCCGACCCGUGGCGCAUCCGGGUGCGCUGGGAGGUGAAAGUGGGCAGUGAUGACGCAGACAAGAACAAUGUGCCCAAGGAUCCCUAUGUGCACGAGCGCUCGGCCGAGGGCGUCGUCAAGCGUGGCUUUGUCGCGAUGCAUCUCGACAUUCAGAUCUACGAGAUGGAGCAGGGCGUCUACCUGGUGGAUUUCAAGUGUUCCGGAUACGAGACCGCGCAGGGGAAGCUCCUCGAGGAGAAGGAGGUCACCAGUCCGUAUCCAUUCCUGGACAUGGCCGCGCGGCUGAUAAUGCAGCUCGCGGAGGCGGACUGAGGUGAAUCCUCUCGGAGGAGCAAUAGACACACGGCCGCGUACGUAUACGAGGACAACGGAGGAUGGCGUUUCGCAGAGGGACGGCGCACACAGAUGGCCGCUGCGACGGUUGCUUUGGACGGGACGGUAUGAGAUGUGUUCUGAAUUUAUGGAACAAGUCAAGGCCUUGACGGACGGCCACGGUGGCGUACGGUACGGUAUCUCUAGAAUAGACCGGGCUCGCUUGCUGGCAUGGGCUGGCGCUGAACAUACCAAGUUACAUAUCAUGCGCCCCAUGGGACAUUCGACGCCCAGUUUCACCUCCAACUGUGAGAGCGCACGCAACGCAGAAAGAACAUCCAUUCAUACAUUUCAUGCCUAUGUAGCGCC